ACAGUAACUCUCUCCCUAAGCUCUCUUACGUCUUACUUUUAUAGCCUGAAAUUAUACCCUUUCUCACAGCUUAUUUGAAAACCGGCUUCCAGGGUUCGAAUAUUGUCGCAAAAAAUGGCACAUUCAACUUUUGUGCACAUACUGUCCUGUUACUGAAAAGAAGACAUACAGCAAAUCAUCGAAAGAAAUGAGAAACAUUAGAAAUUUCCCAACCCGAUAUGCUGUUUGAUAAACAAGAUUCACUUGAUUCAAUUUGAGUGCUAAGCGUGGGAAAGUCAAGAUAACCAUUGUUAAAGGUUUAAGAGGCAUGUUGUUGCGGUAGCAAUCCGUCGACCCAUCACAAUACUCUUGCGCGAGCUGAUACGAAUACCUAUUGUUCUUGUACAGCAAUCGGUACCAACACGUCUGGCAGCCAAUGGCCACACACUGUUCCCACGGUAUGGAUCAAGGGCUAACAAAAGCCUUGUCAUCCUUAAUAAUGAGACUAUUGUAUGCAACCUGAUUUAGCAAAUUGUUUAAGAUUAGUACAGUACUAACUAUAAAAGCUUAGGAUCAAUUAGAGCUUUGCGUUAUUGAUGAUAAAGCCUGUUUGUGGUAAAAUGACAUUAAGGCUUAUACACCGUGAUUGAACCAGGACUUACAGAUAUACCAAUGGCUAGCAAUCCAGGCAAAGUUAAGAAGUCUUCCUCAAAGCCGAUUAUGGAGAAAAGAAGAAGAGCGAGAAUCAAUGAAAGUCUCGAUGAACUCAAGCAACUCAUAACGGAGGCCACUAAGAAAGAUAGGUCCUAUUAUGCAAAGCUUGAAAAGGCAGAUAUACUACAACUGACUGUACAGUAUUUGAGAUCUCUGAAAAAUCAGGCCAUCAGUCCAUCUGAAAGUACAGAUUCAAUGGCAUGUUACAGAGCAGGGUUUAAUGAGUGUACAAACGAAGUUUUACGCUAUCUUUCAUCGAUCAAUACACUGGAUGUUCACGCCAAAUCAAAGAUUCUCUCUCAUCUUUCGUCGUGCAUCAAACCAGUAGGACAUCCCUGGCCUCCGUACCGACUUCCAACACCGCAAUAUCAUGUCCUACCUGGACAAUUAAUGAGUGGUAAAAUAGCAACAGUUGUAUUGACUGGUUCGCCUCCCAAUGGUCAGCCAUUAUUCAAGUCAAAUAGUUUUCAGAUUGUUCCUGGGCCGCCACCCAAUCAACCACUCUGGAGACCUUGGUAGUCUUCGAAAGAUAUAAUUCAAUUUGAGCAUUUCCAAGGACGGCGUUUUAUCAAGUCAAUUUAUGAAUUUUCAAAUAGUGUAACCUCGUUAAUCCUGUCACCGAAGGGACACAGAUCAGAAAAGUGGCAGUAUUAACCGGGAAGAAAAUUAAUUAUAUGGGGGUUUAAUUUGAAGGCAUGCACMUAAACAUUUGGCCUUAAUGACCUUCAGGGGGUUUCCUGGACAACAACCACAGCACGAGUUGAAAAUAAAGUAUUCGUAUUAUAAGCUUAUAUUUAUUUAGUAUUUCAAUCGAUUCUCUGUUGAAAAGAUCUCUCACGAGUGAGCGUAGCGAACUUAUUAAAAGGGUGUAUAAGCUGUGUUGCUGGGAAAUCAAUUGCAAUUAAAGUUGAGGUGAGAGUCAUAAAGGUGCAUAUCAGUUAAAUUUCACAGGCAUUUUAACCUCAUUCUAAAAAUAUAUAGUUGAGUACAACUAAGUCAACAGUUGCUUCUACGAUACAACACGAAAAAAUCCUUAUACAGUG